CAUUUGUCCUGCUCUGUUGAUAGCGAGCGGUUUUAUUUUCAAGGUCAGCGCUCCUAUACUUGGUGCACGACCCUAAAUUCCUUCGAAAUUCUGCGCGGUCGACAGUUAUUUUGAAAAAUGGAUCUUACUCUAGACGAUCUAGUUCAAGAGUCCGAGAAGUUACUUAUGGACGUACAAGAAGAUAAUGAUCUGCCGCAUAUCACAAGAAGCUUGGACCAAAUGCGUCACUUAGGUGAAAAACUCUAUUUGUCCAGAGGAUCCAACAGUGAUGUUAAAGCUGCUCGUCUUUUGGGGCCAAAAAUGAGCUACGAACUGCCUCAAAAUCUGACUACAAAGUUAGAAAAUUUAGUUCCGACUGAUGUAUACGACAUGUGUCCCGUUGUACCCAAGACUGAUAUCCAGUCAUUCUUAAGAUCAGAGAGAGAUAAUGCAUUGCUAACCGCAAUACUUAUGACUCGAAAGUCGAUGUUUGAAGAAGUUGAGGAGCGGUGUGAUGCCUAUUUACAAACCUGGUGGGAACAAGAAGCUGCUGGAGUGUUAAGUGGUCUAUCGGGUUCAAAUGGGCCUCUGGAUACAGAACUCACCUCCUUACCUGAUUUAGAAAGUUAUGGUCAUUCCGAAUCGGGGAGUGGAAUACAAACUAUGCAGUUAACACGGGAUGAACUGCUUUAUGCAAACCAAUUGGAUUACUACCUUACCAUGCGUCUCACAUCUACCGAUUUCACACCUAUCCAAAAUGGAGUUCCUCGUGACUUACUAACAUAUAUGUCACGAACUCAAGAUUCAGUUUCUCGCGAAAAACAGUUAAAAACGCAGCUGAAAAAUCCUCAUUCAGAUAUCACGGAAAUAUGGAACAUUAUGAAGACAAUUUCUCAUCAUAUGCGUAAUGAGCAUAGUAGUAUGUUAUCAUAUGACCAUCCAUUGGAAGUUCGAGCGUCUGUAUCUAUACAAAAUACUUUAUCACUAUGUUCUUUAGAACAUUUGGAGUCUGAGUUUCUAGAGUUUCUAAAAAUAACGAUUGCUAACCAGCCUCGAUUAGCUCGACUUGGUGGACGUCCAGGGACCCGAUCAUUAGUGCGUGCAUAUCUGAGUCUUCGUCUACCAUCCGACAACGUAGCAGAUGUUCCUUCUUUGAGUAACCUCUAUCAAUUAUCCGAACAAAACGGUUGGGAAUUUGAUGAUGGUCUUGUAGAUGGUGUUCCUGUGUGGCCAAUGAUUUUUUACUGCCUUCGUACGGGAGAUACUGAAGUUACUUUGGAAGUUGCUCGUGAUGCCUUAAACAACUUAGGAAACUUUGUAACGGUGCUAGAGGAUUAUGUAAAACAUAACCGCCGUCUCAGAACUCCCAACCAAGCAAGAUUUCGUCAGACAUGCAAACAAGUGAUCAAGUCUACUCGUGAUCCAUAUAAACGACUAACAUAUUCUAUUCUUGGCCAAUGUGACCUCACUGAAAAUCAUUCAGACAUUAUUUCAAAUAUUGAUGACUUUCUAUGGAUAAAGAUAUCUCAAGUUAUUGCUCAAGAGCCCUCAGAAUCAGUGGUUGCAUCAAAAAAUAGUAUGGAUGAUACUUUUACUUUAGGUCAAUUGCAAACUUUACUAUACGAAACCUAUGGUGAGGUGCACUUUGACGCAUGGUCUCAACCACUGGUGUUUUUUAAAAUACUUUGUCUUACUCAACAGUAUGAAGCUGCUAUUGGAUUUCUCGCUCGAUUUGAACAACUACGAUGCCAUGCUGUUCAUAUUGCUUUAGUUCUGAGAGACUUACAUAUGCUUUUACUUCCCAACUGGCUCCACGCGCCACUUGUGGUUCGUAAUGAUUACGAUCCUACAGGGUUUCGCAGGCUUAAUUUGGCUCGUUUAAUUAUGUUGUAUACGCGGAAAUUUGAAUUCACUGAUCCAGAAAAAGCCCUUAUGUAUUAUUACAUGCUUUCUGACAUCCCAAUUACUACUGAAAAGUCACCUGAAGAAGAUUCUAAUGCAACUAUUCCAAGUGGUCUAUACAAUACGUCUCUCGAACAUUUGACUGCUAAAGGUCAAAAUUUGUUCGUCCAAUGUGUUUGUGAAUUGGCUUUAGCAAACAAGGAGUUAGAUUUACUCUUGGGAUGUGUUGGUGAAAACGAUAUUCGCAAACCUGGUGCUAUCGACCGCUUUUGCAGGUCUGUAGAAUCCCGUCGAGAGUUGAUCCGUACUGUUGCUGAUGUUUUUGAGUCCACUGGUCAAGUAGUUGAAGCUAUUCAUUUAUAUUUACUAGCUUCUUCCUGUGGAGAUCCUAAACCUGACGUUUUAGUUUCUGUUACUUUGAUAAAUACUGUACUAUCAAGUGUCAUAGUAACAUCUGAUCUUGGGUCAACACCAAUUACACAAUCCCGAUCCGGAGGACAAUUGGAUCGUAGUUCACUUCUGAGACUUGCGACAGAGAUUGCUCAUAAAGUCCGCCGACUAGGCUUAUCAUCAGAUGAUAGUAAUCAUCUCAUCCAAAAUGACAUUGAAACAAGUGUGACUGGAUCUACCUCGGCUAUAAAAAUAUUAUUUUACCUCCUCGAUUUGGCCGCGUUCUUCGACUUAGUUGAUGCAGAAAGAUGGCAAGCAGCUAUUGACCAUAUAGAUCAGCUGGGUUUAUUCCCAAUUAAUUCGCAAGCUUCCAAUGUAGAAUUUUGUGCGAUGCUGUUCUCGCAACUCCCAGAUCUUGUACGCCGCCCUCUGCCGUGGGCAUUAUAUGCUUUAAUGCGUUGCUUAUCAGCGAAGUGUGGUCGAGUUACAUCUGUCACAAGUAAUGGAACGCGAGCGGACAGCACUUCAAAAAUGGCUACUUCUGAAAUUCGCUCCAGAGCAAAGGCCUUGAUAGCAUAUGUUGGUCGUAUUCCGCACAGACUACCAAGUGAAAUUUAUGCUGGACUUACUAGGAUGGAUAUGGAGAUAAUAUAA